AUGAACUUCCCUGUUCCAUGGCGAUGCCUCCUUCCUCAAGAGGCUGUCGACUUUGUCACAUACAACAACAACGAGAUCUUGGCAAAUCUGUCUGACAACACAGGGGCUUUGAUCGAUGUCUCUGGCAGUCGAGAUACACCGAGCCGCUUGAGCGAUCGGAUUGUGACCAUCAGUGGGCAGGCUGAGCAGAAAGCCCGCGCUUGCUUGGGAAUCGUCCAAAAGCUCCGAAAGCUGCAGGAUCUUCUGGACAGCGAGAUUGGGUUCUUCGUCAUCAUCGUCCCGGCAACAGCUAUUCCCGUAAUCGUGGGAAUCAAAGGAGCAACUAUUGCCGAGGUGUUGGAGGGGACUGGUGUCGAGAUCAGCAUUGGCAAGGAAAAUGUGAUGGGCAUGCCCGAUACGCCAAUAGGCUUGGAGGGGACGGCAGAGCAGGUGACAACUGCAGUGGCCAACAUCCACAAGGUUGUGCAGGACAUGGCCGAUCGUGGCAGGCUACUGCCUGCAGAUUUCAAGUACCGGCCAGAGAAGGCUGCUGCUCAGCUGGCUGCGGGUGCUGGAGCGCACUUGCCCGAAGUGGCGCUACCGCCCGUGGACCACAACCUCUUCUAUGGCAUGGACCCGACGCAGAACUUUCGAACGAAGGCCAAGAUCGUCGUCGAUACUGGGCUGGCAGGAUGGCUGAUCGGCAAAGGUGGCCGCACCAUUCGUGAGAUGCAAGAGAACAGCGGCGCGUUUCUUCACGUCAUACGCGAGGAGGAGCCCACUCCACUGUUGAAGCCGGGCGAUCGGCUCAUCGAAGUCUGUGGGCGCCUGGAGCGCAAGCUGGAGGGAAUCCAGGUUGUGCUGCGGACAGCAGACAGCAUGCCGGGCAAUGCACCGAGAGAGACGCGCAUCAUUGUGCCUGAAGUGCUUGCAGUGCCACCGAUCAUGGAGCAGGUUGCUUCGGCAUACAACAGCUGCGUUGUCGAGAGGGAGCCUGGUCCAGCAUGCGAUGGAGAAGCCAUGCUGCUGAUUGCGGGGCCCAUCGCAUCCCGCAUCCAAGCGAUUCAGGACUUCAUGUCCAAGACGGACCGCGCGCACAUCGAGGGCAUUGUUGUGGCAAAGAGCAUUGACGGUGAGAUCGUCGGCAAGGAUGGUCGAGCGAGGCGAGAAAUCCGAGAGGGCUUGGGUUAUGCGCCCAUCAACCCUCCUCCGCCGAGAGAGCCAUCACCGUGGUUACUGCGAGACCCACAGCCACGAAGUCUUCAAGGCGAGACAGCGCCGCAGGAAGCGAGGGCACCUCCACACCACGAGGCUGGGAAUCGAUUUUCUCAGCCUCCUCUGGAGCCCCCGGAGCCCUCCCGCAAGAAUGGCGACGCAAGCGUCGGUGAGCAGAGAGCUCCCAGAAGGGAGGGCGAAGCAGGGGACCCAUGGCCUGUUGAGGACCAGCAGGCGGUCGGUGGGACGAGACUCGCCAAUGAGACGCAUGCGGGUAUGCGUCAGAGUCAACACACCGACCUGCGACGCCAACAAUGGCCCGAGACGGAACCUUUGCAGCCGUCGGUUCUGGAACAGCCAUACUACAAGGACAUCCAGCAAGUCGACGAUGCAGGAUCAACAGCCUGGGAGCAGGAGUCGAACGACCUCUCUUCUUUGGCCGGUCAGUUGCCUGACAGCAGGCUAGGCCAGGAAAGAGAGAUGUUUGCAAGCUCAGGGAUGAGUCAUGACAGACUGGCAAGACCGUCCGGCAUUGAUGAGGCCAUGAAGGCUGCAGUCAUGUCUGCCAUUGAUGCCGCACCGGGGGUGGAGGCACUGUUGCAGAACAGUUCAUCCAUCGGCCACUUGCGGGGCACACUGUCCGUCCUCCUAGCCAGUGACAUUCUCUUCUCCACGCUUGUUCCUGGCGGUCACAUGCAGGAGCUAGCACAGAGAUGCCAGGUUCACAUCGACAUCGUUGCCGACGCAUCCCUACCUGCUUCCCUGAGACAGGUGGUCUUGACCGGCUCACUGGCCAGCAACGCUGCAGCUGCCUACUGGCUCCAGGUCGGGACAGCUCGUCACCUUGCCACGGCCACGCCUUACGCGCCCAAGUGA